AUGCCGCACCCCUCGAAACCCUCCGAGGGCUUCCGCCCCUUUUCUUUGCUUCCAAAAUUCCCCCACCCUCUUCAGGUGUACAGACACCUCCCGCCUUUUGCUGCUGCUCAAGUGGAUGUCUUCGAGGCCGCCACGGCCCACAGACUCCGAGUGCUGCACUUUCUAGAUGAAAAGUUCGGCCUAGACCCUUCCACAAACCCUGCGGUGCUGCGGGCCGCAGCACCAACCCCUGCAGCAGCAGCAGCAGCAGCAGGGGGAGCAGCAGCAGCAGCAGCAGCAGCAGAAAAGCCCCUCUAUGUGCAGCUGGAGGAGCUGCUGCUGGAGGGGGGCCUCAUGCUGCCUGCAGCAGCAGCAGCAGCAGCAACAGAGCAGCAGCGGCAAGAAGUUGCAGAAAGAGAUGCCAUUUCCCAUUUUGCGCUGCGCAUUGCCUUCAGCAAAGACCGCGACAAGCAGCACUGGCUGGUGCAGCAGGAGAGCCGCCUCUUGAUGUACAGAUUUGAUCGGCUUUGCGCUUUCCGGGACUUGAGCGACGGGACCCAAAGCUUAAUUUCGAGCUUCUUGCAGCAAGAAGGUUUAAACUACGCUACUGUGCCGCGCCCGCGAGACCCUGUGGGGAGUUCAGCAGCAGAAGCUCUUUGGAAAACCGCCACGGGGUUUUUGAGGGGCCCUUUGGCGCAGCAAGUGCAGCAGCUAUAUCUCGUCCCUUGCUUCCCGGAUGCCGGGCAGCUCGUGCGCAAUCGCCGUGUGUACAUCAAAAAUAUGAUGGCAUACGUUCCGGAUUAUGAGUUGGGCGCUGUUGUCUGUGGGCUGCUGCGAGCGGCAAUGAACGCUUCCUUUGAACUCCUUGAAGGCCGCCAAGAUACCUUGCAGAACACUGUUUUCUCGGACCCUCGAGUUGGGAAGCUCUUGAGCGCUGCGCCGACUGUCUACUUAGGCAGGGAUUUCAACAAAGAUGCAGUGAAGAGCACGGAAGAGCGCCUGAUGCCUCAGUCCAUAAAACAGGUGUACAAAGACUCAUUCCCUCCCUGCAUGCGCCGCCUCUAUGAGAGCUACAUGGCGGAACAUCACCUGCGCCACGGCGGCCGCAUGCAGCUGUGGUUGUUCUUUAAAGGCGCAGGGAUGACCCUGGAAGAGAACCUGCAGUUCAACAGACAAAUUUGGAGAGAGCCCCAGAAAUUCGACAAGGAGUAA